ACAUUACUUGACAUUCGGCUUAUUUUGACGGUGAUGCAUUUAGAUGUUUUCAUAUUUUGGGCGCUCUUUUCUACAGGAUCAUCGUUGGAACAAGGUGCAAUGUAUUGCAGGAUAACUAUCAAAACAUGAAGCGUAAAGAAAAGGUUGAAAGCGAAACUGGCUUCGAAGGAUGGGGCGAUUAUAUGGAUGCAAAAAUUGCCAAACUAGAGGACCAGUUUCGGCACAGCUCAGCUAUCGUUGGGGACAAGCUAUCGAAUCUGUUCGCAGGUGUAUCCAUUUUUGUGAACGGUUACACCAAUCCAUCCGCUGAUGAGUUGAAGCGACUCAUGAUGUUGCACGGUGGUGUGUUUCAUCACUAUAAACGUUCCAACACAACGUACACGAUUGCAUCGAUCCUGCCCGAUGUAAAGGUACGUUCGAUCACGUCCGAAAUAAUCAUUAGUCCACGCUGGGUAGUGGACUGUUUGAACGAGGGUAGGCUGUUGGACUACUCGAAGUAUUUGCUGUAUUCGCAGCAUAAGCCUUCACAGCCCAAGCUGGCUUUCACGAAGUUGGCCCCCCUAUCGACCCAUGUUACGGAUAUAGCGAAACCGGUACCCAAGAAUGACGGCGAUCCUAACGACAUCAGUCGAAGCGAGUGUCUUAAUGUGCUGGGUAUGCUUAAACACUUCACCGAUCAGAUAUCAUCGGAAGCAUCAGUUUCGAAUGAACAACAAGAAAGUUCGCAGCAAAACACGGAUGAAGAUGUAUCUAAUGGUACCAUGUCGUGUAAAGCGAUCCUGCAAAACGGUGAAAGUACGCAACCGCUAACUAACGGCGAUGGAGAGAAAUCUGAACUUCCACCACAAUGUUCGCCUGAUGUGUUUUCAGAAGAAGAACCGCCCCCAACAGAAACAACAAAUCAAUCCAACUCAAUAGUUAAAAGUCCAUCGAAACCGGCGCCUUCUAAGCAGUCGCUCACUGCAACGGAUCCUAACUUUCUAAAGGAAUUUUUUAACAAUUCCCGAUUGCACCAUAUCGCUACGCUUGGGGCAGGUUUCAAGCAGUACGUAUCAGAAUUGCGCGAAAAAUCAACCGGUUCGUUCCCAGCCCGUGACACAUUGGUGCAGCAUAUUGAUAGCCGUGCUGUUGCAAGAGACCCAACGGAAAGAGAAUUUAACAACGAAUCCAUCGAUCGGUACAUUAUGCACAUCGAUAUGGAUUGUUUCUUCGUGUCGGUUGGCUUGCGGAAGUAUCCACAUCUCCGUGGUCUGCCGGUAGCCGUCACACAUUCCCGUGGCUCAGAAGCACGCGUUCCUUCGCAUCCUGGACAGAACCGUGCGUUAGAGAUUGAGCUGUAUCACAAGCGGCUCGAAGAUCGCUACAAAGCACCAGACAUUCCAAUCGAAUCACGACUAUCGGCCAUCGAUGAAAAUAAUUCACUUUCGGAGAUUGCAUCCUGCAGUUACGAGGCUCGCCAGUGUGGGGUUAAGAACGGGAUGUUUGUUGGAGCAGCCUUAAAGUUAUGCCCGGACCUUAAAACCAUUCCGUACGACUUCGAUGGCUACCGGGAAGUGGCAUAUCAGCUGUACGACACGAUCGCACAGUACACGCUUGACAUUGAAGCUGUUAGUUGUGACGAAAUGUUUGUCGAUUUAAGCGAACUGAUUCAGUCGACCGGAAUAGAAGUGAUGGAGUUUGUGACGUAUGUGCGAAACAGAAUUUCCACAGCUACUGGGUGCGGUUGUUCAGCGGGAAUUGGAGCAAACCGUCUGCAAGCUAGGAUGGCCACAAAAAAGGCUAAACCUAACGGCCAAUAUCAACUGGUCCCGGGAGCGGUAGAGGAGUACAUGCGGGCGAUUCCAAUAGCCGAUCUACCGGGUGUUGGGCCAAGCACCUCGCAUCGGUUAAAGAAGAUGACGUAUGUAACAUGCGCCGAUUUACAAACCAUUCCCAGGAAUGUUUUGCAAACCGAGUUUGGAAAAAAAUUCGGUGAAACACUCUACAACGCAUGUCGUGGAAUCGACGAGAAACCGUUGGUGUACGAUCGGGGAAGAAAGUCAGUGUCGGUCGAUGUCAACUACGGGAUACGCUUCACUACCGAACAAGAGGUAGAUCGUUUUAUGCGCCAGCUGACGGAAGAAAUUCAUCGCCGAUUGUUGGAGUUACGUGAGCGAGGCAAACUCGUUACAGUUAAGCUGCUCGUACGCUCUCCAGAAGCACCGAUCGAGACGGCAAAGUUUAUGGGCCAUGGGCUGUGUGACGUUGUGACAAAGUCACAGCCACUUCGUCAGCACACAGACGAUCGUACACUGAUCGAAGGCACUGUGCUGGGAUUGAUGCGUACGUUAGCGAUCGAACCGUCAGAACUGAGAGGGAUCGGAAUUCAGAUUUCCAAAUUUGAAGGUGCACAGCGUACGGCGGAUAGUAAAGCUGGUAACCGGUUGAAAAGCAUGUUCCAGAAGGCCGAAAACAAACUAAAAUCUCAACCAGAAACGGCUGAGAUUGCCUGCAACGAACCAAAAGUAACCAAAUCGAAGGAACAGUAUCGUUCGUUGUUUCGGCAACCUGAUGAUCAGGAACCUUGUACAUCUCGUAGUUCCACUGCCAUACCUCAUGCAGUACCUUCGCCGUUACGCCAGCAAUUGAACACACCGACAAAGACAGAUUUUAAUGGUUUUAUCAAUUCUCCCAAACGAAACGAUAAUGCUGUCAACUCACCCAGUAGGAAAGCUACGGUUGGAUCAAAACCUGUCACUAGAGGCCGACGUGGAAGACCUCCAAAAUGGGCUUCAUCGGGUGGAAGGAAAGAUCAAACCCAAACCGCACAAAGCGUUGGUGUGAUGAGGAAAUUUUUAACAUCUACUGCAUCAUCCAAUUGGAACGACGAUUUACCUGACGGACUCGAUCCAGAAGUACUGGCGGCACUACCUGAAGAAAUACGAGAGGAAGCCAUACGCGACUACAGAAGACAGCAGCAACUGUUGCUUGCUGCUAAUAAUAAGCAGCAUCAUCCUCCUGCGGAAAAGACUCCAGUAAAGAUGUCUCCACUUCGGGAUGCAUACCACCAUGAACGGAAAUCACCAAUCACUCCACAAGCUGUGGCUAAUGCAGGAGAUGAACAGAAAAUAAAGAUCGAGCUAAAGUUUCUUCAAGCACUUCCGCUAGAACUACGCCUCGAGGUGGAAAAGCAGAUCGAACUGAACAAGGACAACAUGGUUGUAACAUGCAAUGAGCCGGAAAUUGAUGAACCUUUGCUAGUGACGCCAGAAAAAAGUCCUGUGCGGGAGAUUUCUCCUAAUAAAAUAAUGGAGCCCCAAUAUGCUACCCCCAAAAGAACGUCAACUGAGUGUAAAGCAUCCAAGGAUCCAAAUAUUCUAAGACGCAAAAACUGGAGAGAACUUGUGGAAGAGUGGAUCGACAGUACCGACGAACCGUACGAGUACGAUGUACAGCUGUUAGUGGUGAAUGGACAAGAACUAUGCGAGAACAAGUCGCUAGAACGUUUGUAUCUUUUUUUGCGUUGCCUUCAACGGUUGGUGCAGGAGAAGAACAAUUGCUUUUGGCAUCUGGCGUAUUACAAUGUUGUUCGUCCGAUACAGGAUCGAAUGAUCGCACUGUACGGGAACCGGUUGGCAGUGCCAGGGAAAAUUACUUGUGAAAUGUGCAAUAAUAAGGUUUAGCAUACCAUGAUACACGAUAGCAGAUAUACACGAUUAAGCUACACGUUCCAAAUCAUUUAACUAUGAAAUAUUUUUAAUAUUAUUUAAAAAGGAAUAAAAGCAAAAACCUUCAAAAACCAACUGUUGGUACCAUUGUUGUUUUGCUUUUGGAACUUUAAUUCUGUUCUAUCAUCUUC